GAGAAGAGAUGGCAACAUGGGUGGAAAGUCGAAAGGUGAAUGAACUUUAAACAAUCGACUGUUUUAACCCCGCUGUCCGAAUUUGGAUGGACUUUAUUGACGAUUUUGAAGCUGCCCAGAGACGCUGCUGCUGUUGGAGGACCAAGUGGUCGUGUUUUACUUUUAGAACCAUGUUUGUGCUUUUGUUUUGCGUUUACCUGGCAUGUCUACCGUUUUACUCGACAGCCAAUAGGAACGACAAGCCUAUCAUCGGCAUCCUGGCACAGGAUCUUUCCACACCUGUAGACAAUCAAACUUCUUACAUCGCUGCCUCUUAUGUCAAGUUCUUGGAGUCUGCAGGGGCCAGAGUGGUCCCAAUUAAGAUCAACCAGCCUGAGGAGGAAUAUAGGAGACUAUUCAACUCCAUUAAUGGAGUUCUGUACCCUGGAGGAUCGGCCAACAUCACCUCAUCAGGCUACCAAAGAAGUGCGAAGGCCUUCUACGAGAUGGCCAUUGAGGCCAACAAGAGGGGAGAUCACUUCCCCAUUUGGGGCACCUGUCUGGGCUUUGAGCAGCUGUUGUUGCUGACCAGUGGCGUGAACCUGCUGACAGAGACGGACACAAGGGACGUGUCCUUACCCCUCAGCUUCACUAAAGAGGCUAAAGACAGCAGAAUGUUCCAAGGCUUCCCGGCUAAACUCAUGGACUCUUUGGCGUUGGAGAAUCUGACUGAGAACUCUCACCGCUGGAGUUUGGCCGUGACGGUGUACAACACCACCCAAGCGCUGAAGUCGUUUUACAAAAUUCUCUCCACAAACACAGAUGGAAAAACAGAGUUUUUGUCCACACUUGAAGCGACUGAUUUCCCAAUUUACGGAACCCAGUGGCACCCGGAAAAGAACGCAUUCGAGUGGACGAAGCCUCACUUUCCACACGGCCCUUCCGCCGUCCAGGUCACCUUCUUCAUGGCCGAGUUCUUUGUGGGCGAAGCCAGGAAGAGUUUUCACAGCUUUGUGUCAGCGGAUGAGGAGGAUCAAGCCCUCAUUUACAACUUUAGUCCGGUUAAAUCUAGUAAGAGGGGUGUCUUCGAGCAAGUAUAUUACUUCUAAGCUAAACGAAAACCACAACUUUUACCAUAAGGCAACGAAUAUAUAAUACUUCUCUCAUUGAUUUAAAAAAACAACUUAAUUUUGACUUUUUUUUGUGAAAUGUAGCAUUAAUUUUAGGCAAAAGUUACACAUACCAGCGUUUCCCACAUGACCGUUGUCUAUCUUUUAGAUAUACUGCACAACUUUCCCUUUCUUAUCGUUGUUUUUUUUUAUGCCACAAACUUGUUAAAACCUGUUCUUCGAUAUAGGCGGGGGCACAGUAGGACCCGCUGCUUGUUGAGAAGAGCGAUACAUGCUUUCAUGUUAGUCUAUAAAAGUGUCAAAUAGGGAUGGGCCUAAAUCAGGGGUGCCCAUUAGGUCGAUCGCGAAGGGUGUGUCAGUCGAUCGCCUGCCAGGCAUCAAAAAAUAGAUCUAAAAAUUAGCGAUCAUCAAUCUUCACUAUGACGUCACUUUUGCCACUUGAUUGACAUUCGUGGCACCCAAGAAUUUUGUGAGAUGACGCUGGCUGCUGCGAACUCAAUAUUAAUUAAAAAACAACCAUCAGGAAGGCGGGAAACACUUUUCAUUUUAACAGACUUUCGCAAUGAACCUGCUGUCAAAAGCCUAAAGACUAUCCGCAGUCUGAGCUGUUCCUUGUCGUUUAGUCCUCUUGUAAGAAACUAAAUACCAGACCAAGACCAUAGGAGGCACCGGAUUAUAAUGUGCACUGCCGAUGAGCGGGUCAAGUCAGGUCUAUUUUCAUACAAAAGACACACUGGAUUAUAGGGCGCAUUAAGGGGGUCAUAUAUAUAUUUUUUUUUCUAAAUGUAAAACUUUUCCUUGUGGUCUACAUAACAUGUAAUGGUUGUUUUUUGGUCAAAAUGUUGCAUAAAUUAUGUUUUACAGAUCAUCUUCAUGUCGCUUUCUGACCGUCGCUUCCGGAUGCGCCGUUUUGUGGGCGGUCUUAUUUACGUGGCUCACCUUCGGCAGCGUCUUCUCCCCGUCGUCUUUGUUGUAGCGGUGUAGCGUGCAAGGACGGGAGUGGAAAAAGUGUCAAAAGAUGGAGCUAAAUGUUUUUAACGACAUUCAGACUUGACUUAAAUCAACAACAGAGCAGCAUCUCCUCAUCCGUGGCUCACUAGUGCAACAAGGCCUCUAUGUGUCCUCUAAAAACCGUCCGACCGGAACUCUCUAAUAACUAAAGAUUUUAAACAAGAAGAUAGAGAAAAGGAAGAAGCUUAUCGACUACGGUGUCUCACGGACUACAAAGACGGACGCGCGCACAUUUUCAGGACUUAUGCAGAUCCCAAAUACAGAUCAGCAGGUACCAGAAGGUAAGAAAAGUUGCUUUUGCAUAAUAUUGCGAAACAAAACGCCAGAUAAUGUGUUACCUUAUACACACACCAUAUUAAUACUCGUAUGUUGACGCACAGUACAAUCCAUCAAGCGGUGCAGCCUCAUAGUUUACCAAAGUCGUACUAAAACAUUUUGAUAGAUUUUGUUGGUGUUAUUUACUUGAGUCAUAUUGCAGUCUACACAUAUCUUUUAUGUGUGACUGCCAUCUACUGGUCACAUUUAUCAUCUCACCAUGUACCAAAUAUAAUAGCUUCAAGGUCGGUAAGCGCAACCAAAAUUAUUCCGUACAUUAGGCGCACCGGGUUAUAAGGCGCACUGUCGAGUUUUGGGAAAAUGAAAGGAUUUUAAGUGCGCCUUAUAGUCCGGAAAAUACGGUAACUUAGAAGCACUGUAGUAGCCAUGCUAAGGAUGCUAAGUUGCGUUGAGGAUGGGUUCGUUGCCGCUGUCGACAAAUUUGCGUGACACAUCUAGAGUGUGACAACAUGCAUUAUCACGAUAGAUAAAAUCUGUAUUGUCGGACGAGUUCAUAUUAUUUACAUCGUGGAUAGUCUGUAUUGAGCAACCCUUGUGCCCAAAAAGAUCAGAAAAUGUUGCUAGAUUUGUUGCUAGUCUUUUUUUCUUAAAUAGAUUACCUAGAGAAGUCUAAAUACAGUGACAAAGUCGUUAAGUUGGCAACACUAAUCCCUGCUCUGGUGUUACAAUGCCAUCUACUGUACAUAGUUGUAAUGACAAGCUACAGCCCCAUUAGGAUGUGUUUAUGCAAGGUAGGGCCAAAUCGAGUUGGAGCGGUCCACAUUUAUUUGUGGCAGUGUGCCACAAAUAAUUGAAUGUAUGAGAAACACUGCAUGCAUACAUUAUUACAUCAUGAAUAUGUAAAACAUACAUUGCAGUACUGUAAAUGUUUCAUUAUAAUGUGAUGAAUGAUGGGGAUUUUAGUCAAAUUAAACAGACUCGAAAACAUAGAA